CCGCCCACAGGAGCACGCCCCCCGCCGCCUCCAGCACGCCCGGUUCGGGGGCGGAAUCAGCAGGAGCAGGAGGAUCAGGAGGAGGAGCAACAACUAGCUCCGGCGACCAGGAUCAGGCCCAAGUGUCGGCCAGUGCCACCUUCCGGCUAUCCUCGCUAACGGGUACCAUCUCGAAGAUGGGCAACAACGCCACCACGUCGAACAAGAAGGUCGAUGCCGCCGAGACGGUCAAGGAGUUCCUCGAGCAGGCCAAGGAGGAGUUCGAGGACAAGUGGCGCCGCAAUCCGACCAACACCGCCGCCCUCGAUGACUUCGAGCGGAUCAAGACCCUGGGCACCGGGUCCUUUGGUCGCGUCAUGAUCGUCCAGCACAAACCCACGAAAGACUACUAUGCCAUGAAGAUCCUCGACAAGCAGAAGGUGGUCAAGCUGAAGCAGGUGGAGCACACGCUGAACGAGAAGCGCAUCCUGCAGGCCAUCCAGUUCCCCUUCCUCGUCUCGCUGCGCUACCACUUCAAGGACAACUCCAAUCUCUACAUGGUUCUGGAGUACGUGCCCGGCGGCGAGAUGUUCUCCCAUCUCCGCAAGGUGGGUCGCUUCUCGGAGCCCCACUCGCGCUUCUAUGCGGCGCAGAUCGUGCUGGCCUUCGAGUAUCUGCACUACCUGGACCUCAUCUACCGCGAUCUGAAGCCCGAGAACCUGCUGAUCGACUCGCAGGGCUACCUCAAGGUGACGGACUUCGGGUUCGCCAAGCGGGUCAAGGGUCGCACCUGGACGCUCUGCGGCACGCCCGAAUAUCUGGCCCCCGAGAUCAUUCUGUCCAAGGGCUACAACAAGGCCGUCGACUGGUGGGCGCUGGGCGUGCUCGUCUACGAAAUGGCCGCCGGCUAUCCGCCAUUCUUUGCGGAUCAGCCCAUCCAGAUCUACGAGAAGAUCGUCUCCGGCAAGGUGCGCUUCCCGUCGCACUUUGGGUCCGAUCUUAAGGACCUGCUGCGCAAUCUGCUGCAGGUGGACCUGACCAAGCGCUACGGCAAUCUGAAGGCGGGCGUCAAUGAUAUUAAGAACCAAAAGUGGUUCGCCUCCACCGACUGGAUUGCGAUCUUCCAAAAGAAAAUCGAGGCGCCGUUCAUUCCGCGGUGUAAGGGUCCCGGCGAUACGAGCAAUUUCGACGACUACGAGGAGGAGGCGCUGCGGAUCUCCAGCACCGAGAAGUGUGCCAAGGAGUUUGCUGAAUUCUAGAGGAGCUCUUCUUCGCCGCCAGUCAGCCCAAAAUCCCCCUCGUUCUGCAAUUGUAUAUGCA